AAUGUCAGAAGGACUAACAGCACCUGGAGAUAAGAGCAACACCGCUAAUGCCCUGCUUUUUUGUUGUUUAUACUGUAUUUUGUAAACUUCAUACUUUUAUUGUACUAAAAUUGAAUUAGAGUCAUUAAAUGCCUACAGUCUGAAGUUCAUAAUCUCAUAAAGUAAUCAUAAACUCGUUGUUUUCUUGGCCGGUCAGGAAUUUCCAAAAAAGGGCGGUGUGUACAGUCAGCUUAGAGGAAGUGUUAGCGUUAGCGUUAGCGUUAGCACUUCCACUCACAGCUAGGUACAUGAAGUUCCACAUUCACAGCGGUUAUAUAUAAAGAUGUGAAAAGAGCUACAGAGGACACACACUUACACUUCUGCACUUCACAAGACGGAAUCAUUUCCAACACUAACAGCUAAUCCGCAUCCUGAAGCUACUAUCUGAAUACUCUACUCUUAGCUGAAUGUUAGCAAAUCGUGCGUGCUCGGGAAAUCCUCCAUGCUGAGAUGGCUGAGCUCGUUCUGGCGGAUCUGGUUCAUCCUAACUGUCCUCGGUACCGACGCUGCGUGGAGGAGCGCGUGCACAAGCUCCUGAGCUCUCUCGGAAAUGGCACGAGCGAGCCCGUUUACCUCAUUCUCCAACAGCACGCGGGCUGCUCGGAGGAAAUCACCGACACCUUUCUUUUGGAGAGAUGCGCUGGUCUGAACCGACGUGUCCAUGUGUUAACCGACAGCAGCUCUGUAGGCGUGCUGUACGCGUUCAAGCGAGCCGCGGACGAGCUGAGCGUUAAACGCGUGCACGUGAUGACGUGCAGUGCGCGGCGCGCGGAGCUGCAGGAGUGUGAGAAGCAGCUCUUCACCGAGCUCUACACCUUCACCUACAGCAACGAGCUGGACUGCAGCGCCUGUCCUCUCACACAGCUCAACACCACAUGCACACAGCUCCCCCAGCUUAAAGAGCAAAUCAGCGGCUUCCUGCAGCGCCUACCAGCGCUCCAGGGAGAGAUUAGCGUCCUCAAGUCUUCCCUCAUCUCAGACUGCUUUGCCCAUGGCUUCACUACAAGAACAGGGGGAAUUUCCUACAUCAGCACGCUGAGCUCUCUAAACCUGUUCAGCAGUUCUCGUCGCAGAGACUCACGCGCCGUAGUGGCUGAGAACCUACGCCGCCUUGGCUUGCAUGCCGGCUUUCAGCCUCACCAGUUCCACCUCUCCAAGGUUAACCAUGCCAGUGAUGUGUGGGUAAUGAACAAGCCAGAACCUGAGAGCUAUGAUGGCAUUGUGACUAAUCAGCCAGGUGUUGUAAUAGCAGCCCCAGGAGCUGAUUGCAUGCCUCUGCUUUUUGCUGACCCUGUGGGAAAGGUCAUUGGAGUAGCACAUGCAGGCUGGAAGGGAACCCUCAUGGGAGUUGCCAUGGCAACAGUAAAUGCCAUGGUGCGGGAGUUUGGCAGUGAGCUUGCUAACGUGGUGACUGUGAUUGGGCCUUCUGUUGGACCCUGCUGUUUCACUCUGGAUCAAAAUUCAGCAAGAAAGUUCCAGGCCAUCCACCCAGACUGUGUCAGAGAUGUGGAGUCACCUAGGCCUUAUGUGGAUAUCAGACUUGCCACUAGGGUCCUCCUGGAGACAGGCGGUCUCCUCCCAGAGCACAUCCAGGAUAACACAGUGACAAACAGACCCAACAUCACCCUCUGCACCUCCUGCCAUCCUGACUCCUUCUUCUCCCAUGUUAGAGAUGGCACCAACUUUGGCACCCAGAUUGGCUUCCUAUGGAUCAAGGAGCCCCAUGAGUUUAAACAAUCAGAUCUUUAGAAUCAGUGCCUGUACUGCACAAUGCGAGCAUCUCAUUUGGCUGCAGAAGCAAAAACCACCGAUAUUCACAGUACAUAGAAUUCAGUAAGAUGUGUAUAUUUAGAGAUAGAUGAAGUUAGACCUAUUACUGCCAUACCACUUACAUCAUCUCAUACUUUCUGAAGACUAAGACCCAGUGACAGCCUUUUUAAAGAAUGUUUGCAUUCUAAAUGACAGAGGGUAUUGAUAGUAAGAGUAAAUGAUGCAAUUAUUUUUGUUUUGAUUUAAGUUUUGAUGAAUUGCAUGGUUGUAGCUCACUUGGUAGAACUAACUAAUUCCACACUGCUGUUUGAAUUAAUUAAUACAAAAAUUUGUUUACCAUUUAUACUACCUCUUGGCAUUCUCCAUGUAGAGGUACACUGUCUAUAUAACACUGCUAAUUCUCUAGGAACCUGUAAUAUUAAUUUCCUGUGGUAGGCUAUUACCAGUAGCUGAUCUACAGUAUAUAGGGAAGCUCAUUUUCUAAGAGUACACAGUGAUGGAGAGCCACUGUAGGGAAACUAACUGAUGCACAAUAGUAAAAUGUUAUUACAUUAUUGGCAAAA